CUUGUCUGCCUGAAAGAUGUCCUGCUCCAGCCUGUGCAUCCCUUCCUGUGGGGUGGCCACCCCAGCCCCGCUGGCUGACUCCUGCAACGAGCCCUGCGUGCGCCAGUGCCCCGACUCCACGGUGGUGAUCCAGCCUCCAGCUUCGGUGGUCACCUUCCCCGGUCCCAUCCUCAGCAGUUUCCCACAGCAAAGUGUUGUUGGGUCAGCAGGAGCCCCUGGUGUUGCAGGGGGCUAUGGAGGCACCUUUGGAAGCCGUGGUGGCUAUGGAGGCUACGGGGGCUCUUGGGGGUAUGGAGGCCUUGGGGGUUACGGAGGCUAUGGAGGCGCAUGGGGAUACGGAGGCCUUGGGGGCUAUGGGGGCUAUGGCAAUUGUGGCCUUUAUGGGGGUUACGGAGGCUAUGGGAGCUACGGAUACGGCGGCUGGCGCCGAGGCCACAGGUACCUCAGUGGCAGCUGUGGGCCCUGCUAAACCCCCCACUGGAUCCAGCCACAGAUGAAGGAGAGCUCUGGAAAUGCCCCGGCACAUCUCGACACAGCACUCUGUUGGAAGACAUCCCUUUGGCAUUGCUGUACUCCAGAGCUUGGAUGCUUCACAAGUGAGUUUGUCUCAACUCUACUUCCUCUUGUCCCAUUGAUCUUCACUUCAUGAUUCCUUGCCCCGUGAUGAGAGAGAUCUGCACUGGGUACCUACUGCUGCAGCACGACUGGUUCUCACUGUCACUCUGCCCACUGCCCAGACAUGUGGGCUGUCCUUGACCUGGACCCUGCUCUUCUCCCAUUUCCCCCCUCCUCUGGAACCUCAAUAAAAUCUGU